GCUAACAGAUUUCUCUUUCCAGAAGUCACAAUGGGGAAGCACAACAGCAAGUUGGCUCCAGAGAUGUUGGAUGACCUGGUGAGGAGCACCGAAUUUAAUGAGCAGGAGCUGAAACAAUGGUACAAGGGCUUCCUGAAAGAUUGCCCCACAGGGAUCCUCAACUUGGAGGAAUUCCAGCAACUUUACAUCAAGUUUUUCCCCUAUGGUGAUGCAUCCAAGUUCGCUCAGCAUGCUUUCCGCACAUUUGACAAGAACGGAGAUGGGACCAUUGACUUCCGGGAGUUCAUUUGUGCUCUGUCUGUCACUUCCAGGGGCAGCUUUGAGCAAAAGCUGAAUUGGGCCUUUGAGAUGUAUGACUUGGAUGGCGACGGGAAGAUCACACGCUUAGAGAUGCUAGAGAUCAUCGAGGCUAUCUACAAGAUGGUGGGUACUGUUAUUAUGAUGCGGAUGGAUCAAGAUGGGCUGACACCCCAGCAGCGGGUUGACAAGAUAUUCACCAAGAUGGACAAGGAUAAAGAUGACCAGAUCAGCCUGGAAGAGUUCAAGGAGGCAGCCAAGAGCGAUCCCUCCAUUGUCCUCCUGCUGCAGUGUGACAUGCAGAAGUAGAAGGCUUGGGACUCCGGUCAGCCUGCCCAGCUGUGCACUGUCUUUCUUUUCUCUUUAGGGCUGCAAGCCCCCUCUUGAGGGAGGGAGGGAGGCCUGCUGCCUUUGCCCACAUGAGUCUGCAAGUGCCUUUCCCAGCACUUGCGCCACCUGCCCUUCUUGGCACAGCCAGCACGGAGGUCCAGGCGAUGGCUCUGUGGCCAGGUGCCUUAGCCUUUCAGCCAGAAGACGUCCCCUCUGUCCACUGGCUCCUCUCUGGCUGGAGUCUCUGGCCUCUGCUUUUCUCCCUGGACAGGAAGUUUUCCCAACACUCUGGCAGCAAAUUUAACUUCUGAUGGGCUGCCUGAAUCCGAGACCCAGAUGGCCGCAGCUACGAGGUCCGUUCUCUUACAUUACUAGCUCUUAGCGGUAGAAAAAAAUCUACACCCCCUCCCCCCAUUGUGUCCCCCAUAACAACAAAUCUUUACCCUGUUUGAUGAUAGGUCUAGGGCUGCGUUUUCCACUCAGUGUCCUGAGGUUCCCCCCCCCCCAGGCCAAAAAGAGGAGAUGUUUCUUUCCUCUAUUCCUUCCCCCCAAAAUCACUUCUUCAAUACCCUGAAGAGCCAAUAGCAGAUGCAACCGUUUUUGGCCUGGGGGAGCCAAAAAUUCUUUUUGGAAAUUUACAAAAAGCUAUAACUCCCCCCCCCACACACACACACUUUAGAUCAAGGAUCUCCAAACUCUGCAACUUUAAAACUGGUGGACUUCGACUCUCAGAAUUGAAGAGUUGGCUGAGGCUUUGGCUGGCUGGGUAAUUCUGGGAGUUGAAGUCCACAGAUCUUAAAGUUGCUGAGUUCGGAAAGCCCCAGCUUUAGACCUUUGUUUCCUGCACAAAUCUACCUUCUGGAUCUCUAAUAAUUCCCACCUCCAGCCAGCCAAAAGGUCCUGACUGGGGAUGGGGGAGCUGCAUUCCCAUCUCUCUGUAGAGGUUUGUUUUGGGAGGGCUGGCCGAGGGCUCUCCAUCUUUGGAAGCAGAAGGACCUCAGUUUACCAUUACAGCUCUCGUUAAAAAGUAUAUUUCUGCACUAAUCUUAUCAUAUGGAAAAGUACAGGUUGCUUUUGUUUUUGCUUCCGCUAAUAGUUCCUUGUAAUAAUUAAUGGGCUCUAACAGAAGGGGGAGGAAGAGGUGCUGGCUCUUCCAAAGAGCCAAAACGGUGCCGAGAACCCCUAGUUGGUGGAGAUUGCAGGAUCCUCAGUCUGAGACACCCAGAAAGAUUGUUCUUGGCUCAGCAGUGUGUUAAAAGUAAAAUGUUGGGUCAAGUAAAGGGCACCAGAGAGGACUCUCGAUGAGCCUUGCCAGAGGCUGGGAAUUCUGUGGAGAAAUGCUCUGUUGUGGGACAGACAUAAAUAAGCUGCUUUUUGUUCCUUCCAACUUGCCACCUGGGAACUAGCUGUGCUCCUAAGGUGAAGAGGAAAAGGAGGUUUGUGCUUGCACAGCUGCAUGCGUGCACAUGUAUUCCCCAUGCGGCAGGGAGCACCUGCCAUAGCUCUCCAGUGAUUCUGGCAACUCUGAUGCCCUUCAACUCUCCAUCCCUUCUCUCUCCCCUCCCCCCAUAGCAUUUAAAGUUUGCAGCUGAGCAGAAGUGCCCUGUGAUUGAUGCCCUGUGAAAUUUAGGGCAAAAUGUGAAUUGGCGACUCCAGAAGGCUAAGAUGAUAGUAACUCCCCCUGCACUGAAGUGUCUGAUUAGGGUGGCUAAAAAGAAAAAGUACAGAAGCCCCAAGAAGAAGUAUGAUGAGAAUUUCAGGCACUCUUAGGAGGGAAGAAUGUUCCCUCCCUCGCAAAGCAGUGGACAGACUGGGCAAAAAAAAAAAAAAAAAACCCAGACAGAGCAAUGUUACAGGCAGCUGUGGGUCAUUUGCUCCCCGACAGGUUUUGCGGGAUGGGAAGUUAGCUUUGGCUUGCUGUGUGAAUCAAAGGCCUGGAGUUUGUGUGUGGGAGGAAAUAAGCCAGGUUGAAUGAAACGGACUUUGUCCAAGCAGAAUUCCAGUUAAUUGCACUUUUUGUGGUGGGGAUGAAUUUGAAAUGGACGUCUUCGGUCUCUUCUUGGCAGUUCUUUGAGUGGGGCAGAAGAAAUGAGCUGGGCUUGGCCUAGAGUCCCAGGAAGGUUUCAUGCCACCACAAGGCAGCCACCCUCUGUGCCAAGGCAAUCCCUUCGGCUGCCGUGUCCCACCCUUCCAUGCCCCGUCCUGCACUGAACAUUGCUUUUGGAGAUUGUCCUAUUGCUUAUUGUGGUUGUGAGUAUUGUACUUGUUUAGGAACUGUGAGGUAGGUAGGAGAGUGUGCAUGUGUGCACACACGUAAAUCUAUUUUUAUUUAAGUGUUCAAAGGUAUCCUUAUCCCACGGGAGUUUUCAAUUUGGUCUCUGAAUAAAAGGAUGAUCAAUGGGC